AUGGAAUAUUUCGGAGGAUCACCAACCAAGUACCAAGUACCAAGCACCAAGUACCAAGCAAUCGUGAUCAAGAUCGUUUCUUUCCAGUUGUCAGUAGCAUCUGGUCCACGUUUCGAUACCACCGUUACUUCUCCCACGUUUAUUGCUCCUUAUACGUACAAUCAGAAUUCCACUGGCUGGUUUCUUACUGAAGAUCUUGAACUGUUUGUUGGAACCAACCUGGAGUUGUCGGCUGGGUCGUUGACCAGACCAGCUAUCGUCAAAUUGAUGCUGCAGCGUGACUCCUCCCAAAAUGUGGUUGGUGUUGAGGCGCAACUAACGACUAAAUCGGAUAAUGAUAAUGUAUUGACGGCAGCUGGGGGUCCGCCGACUCCACAGUUUGUAGGAGAUCCCAUCAGUUACAAUGGACGAGUCUACUUCUUUUUCCGCGAGAUUGCAGCGGAGUUUAUCUCUGAAAGUCUCGUGUAUUCAAGAGUCGCAGUGGUGUGUCAGAAUGAUACAGGGGGUCAAGCAAGCACCCAGUUAUCGGUCCGCAACAUAGUCACCUUUGUGAAAGCCCGACUAACAUGUUCUAUCGACGGAGCCAUCCCCUACCAUUACAACGAAAUACAGGACAUUUACCAGUCAACUGAUGAUGUCAACGUAGUCUUUGCAAUUUUCGCCACACGAGCACCUGUCGUGGCAAGUUCUGCAGUUUGCGCCUACCGUUUGGAUGAGAUUGAGGCACUGUUUCUCAACACCGAGAAUAAGUUCACGUUUCAGGAGAAUAAUGGCGAGAUUUGGAAGGACGUAGCCACGGACCCCAUCACUCCCAGACUAGUAACGUGUCAAAACACAGACAGUUUCAGUUCAGCUACCGUACUAAACAUAUUAAGACAAGGUCAAAUAAUGUCGGUGUCGGCUGAGAACAAGCUGCACUACGAGACGGCAGGGGGCGCUCAAAGCAACCCUCUGUUGGUGAUAGACGGGGAACGUUUCUCACAGAUCGUGGUUGAUGAAAACGUCGUCAAUUCCAUCGAUGUCAUGUUCAUCGGAACGGAGAAUGGGGCUGUGCUCAAGGCGUAUUUGAACGCGAACCGAUCCGAAGCGAAAGUCGUGGAGGAGAUUAGCCUGGAUACAGACGGUCGAAAAACUCCAGUGUUAACCAUGUUGCUGAGUGACUCCGAUCAAGCCGUUUUUGUCGGCACCGACAUUGGCGUCUACAAGGUACCAUUCCAACACUGCCAGGAUUUCGCCUCGCGUGUGGCCUGUUUAGUCAUUGAAGAUCCGUACUGCAGAUGGAACGGUACUUCGUGUGUCAACUCUGACGAGGGGGAGCAGGACUUGGAGACGGGAGCUGACAACACCGAGCCUCCAAGCAUCACAAUACACCUGGGACCCAACAGUCAAACGAGGUACCUGAACGUCAAGAACCAACCCAUCAACCUGUAUCUUUUCGCUGAGGCACCUACGGGUGAAAACCUUCGCGUGGUCAACGACGAAGUCCAGUGCACACCGUGCGCCAGCCUGCCGUACACCGAGCACCGAGCCUCCAGCUCUGGCAAAGAGUUCCUGUCCUUGCUCAUCAAUGGAUCAAAUUCUGCGGAGACUACGAACUGCUCCUGUACAGUCGUCUUGGCCAUAGACGGAGGCCCUAACAGUUCGGUCAAUUUUGAUCUCACUGUGGACAAUUCUGCUGCUGUAAGUGCAAACGAUGCCGAGAUCAGCCAACUGGAGAAUUUCGACAACGAAAUAAGACGAUAUAAAAGGACCCUGCAAGACUGGCAAACACAGGUGGGUGAAUCAUGUGGACUUACCGACGUACAAUUGUGCCAAGCAGGACAACCGUAACCAUCAACAUUACGUUACGUCACAGCAUUCCCGUUGACUGAUUGGAUUUGGCCCCAUCACGUGACACGGAACAUUUUGUGAAUAUGUGUGGGUCUGGUUAAAAUUGACAUUUGUCUGCAGUUUUAAGAUACACUACUUAGCUUUUAAAGAUCAUACGAUCGCUUGCAUUUUGUUAAGUUUACCGAAGCAACAUUUCUCAAAGGCUUAAGUAUGACAGAUUAAUAUUACAGCUUACCCGUUGGAGUCAAAUUUUUAGAAUAAAAAAAGGAGAAAAUCUCUACUAUAGAUUUUGUUUGAGGGGGUUCUCGUAUAAAGUUUGAUUCCAUAGUGUACACUUCUGAUUCAGGAGUUGCUGUCUCAUGUUUCUUAUGUUUUGAAUUUCAUGCUCUCGUGUAAAACCCCUUGAUCGGCACUGGGGACGUGAUUUUCAUUCACUCGUUAAAUACAUGAGUAUUUAACGAAUAUUGUCAAAUUAAAAAGAAUGUGCCCUCGGGCACACUUUUCAAACAUCCUGUUGUUUUCUUCCAAACUGUGCUAAUUUUACAGGGUAGACUUUCCUCGUACCAGUUCCGGUAAUCAGCAAAUUCCAAACUUUAUUUAAAUUCCGAACUUCAAAUAAAUAAAGACAAUAUUUGAGAGUAAAAUGUCGAACAUUGGCAGCAACAUUCUUUUUUUAUACAAAGGAAGUUGGAUUCAGAAAAUGACGGGGAUUAAGCAUUUUGAGAUUUUUUUUUCUCCAUUUUAUAAUCGUAAGUGACUGUCAAAAAGGUUUAAAACCUCAUGCAUGAGGACUUAGUCGUUUAAACCAAUCUCAAUUUAUAUUAGUUGUUUAUUGUAUAACUCAGUAUACAUGGUGAUUGUUUUUUUUUUUAAACAUUAUGCAGUGCGUAUCGAUGUAUAAUAGCUUUUCAAUUCUUUAAUGGUGUGUUUGUAAAA